GAUGCUACUUCCGCAGUAUAAAUUCCCGGACAUCAGAUCGGUAGGAUACACCCAUCGCUCGCACCAUUUCUCCUAUUCUCCUACUGGAACGCUAAAGGCUACUCCCAUGGCUUCUUCCUUCCUCACUACAAAUGCUCACUGCUCUGUUCUUGUUAGACUUCUCCUGGUUGCUUUGCUGUUCCGGUGCUCCUAUGGAGGCAGAACUCUCGCUGCCUUGGUGGAGCAGCAGCCGCUCGCCAUGACCUACCACAAGGGAGCCCUGAUCACCGGAAACGUCUCCGUUAACCUCGUCUUCUAUGGCAAGUUCACUGCCUCCCAGAGAGCCAUCAUCUCUGACUUCGUCACCUCCCUUUCCCCUCUCCCGCGCCAGAAGCAUUCUCUGGAGCCGUCGGUGGCCACCUGGUGGACGACCCUGGCCAAGUACUACGCCACGUCCAAGGCGCCGCUCCCUAAACCCAUCCUCGGCAAACAGAUACUAGACGAGUCGUGCUCCCUCGGAAAAUCGCUGCGCGAUGCCGACCUCGCCAAACUGGCCGCCAGGGGGGCGGCGCGGGACGCCAUCAGCGUGGUGCUCACGGCGGAGGACGUGGCGGUGGACAGGUUCUGCAUGAGCCGGUGCGGUUCCCACGGGUCGUCGUCCCUUUCCGAGGCCGGUUCCCGGUUCGCCUACAUCUGGGUGGGGAACUCCGCUGCGCAGUGCCCGGGACAGUGCGCGUGGCCCUUCCACCAGCCCAUGUACGGGCCGCAGACGCCGCCGCUGGUGGCGCCAAACGGUGACGUCGGUGCCGACGGCAUGGUGAUCAACCUGGCGAGCAUGCUGGCCGGCGCCGCCACCAACCCCUUCGGUGACGGCUUCUUCCAAGGGCCAAGGGAGGCGCCGCUUGAGGCCGCGACGGCGUGCCCCGGAGUGUACGCGAAAGGCUCAUAUCCGGGCUACCCCGGUGACCUUUUGGUGGACCCCACUACGAGAGCAAGCUACAACGCCCACGGGGCUCGCGGGAGGAAGUAUCUGGUCCCAGCGCUGUUUGACCCGUCAACGUCCGCGUGUUCCACCAUGGUUUAACCUUGGGGACGACAAGACCUGUAUACGGACGCAUAAAUAGCUGCGUGUGUGCAUGCAUGCACCUGUGUGUAUAUAUUAUGUGAAUUUUGAAGACCACCCUCGCAGUAAUAGUAUAACAUCUCGUUCGUUAUGCUAAA